AUGCUCGGCCUUGCUAUCACUGCCCUUGCUGUCGUAGUGAUUUUGAUAUCGUGGAUUUACAAAAGAUUUAUGGAGGUAAGAUUUUUUUUCUCAAAAACGGUUUUUCAAAGGGCAGAGCCGACGGCGUGCGAUUCCCGCGCCAAGCGCGCGAGCCGUACACGCCGUUUUCACCCUUGCUUGAUUGCUAACGCACUCUCAAGCGGACCUACGGGCACAUACAGGCUUUUUUUUGUGUAAGUUUUAAAAUUUUACGUAUGAGUCAUGUUUACCAAUAUCUUAUAUGUUCUUCUAUUAACUUUAUGAUGAUCGCCAAGUCAUUCUCUAAACCUCUGGCGUUCAAUUUGCUUGUCCUCCAGUAAUCCGUUGUGUAAAAGGAAAAAAAUAAAAACGAAGCCAGGACUUAGAAAGAGAAGGCUGCAAAGUAUUGGGUAGAGCAUGUAGUUUUGUAUUUUCCUGCCAAAUUUCAAGACAUGGCCGUCACGCAACAAUAACGUGUAAACAGUCACUGAAGCUUUCUUCGUCGUAAAUUGUAUAGCCUGCAGGAUUGCUCAGGCUAUAAACUGAGUGAACAACUUAAGGUUUGGAAUGUAGAGACAAAGGACGGAAAUUCCUUGAAAUCACUCUGUGGCUGUUUCAUAGACAGGUUUUCUUGGACAGGAGCGAAGGGAGCGAACAGGUUUUGUCAACUUCCUAUUUCGGUCUGUUUCGUUUUCAUUACUUCGGACUCUCAUCCAGUUUCAUUUUUGCAAAAGGGAAAACAAAACAAAAACAUAAUGAUUACUGAUUUUAACAUCUCGCGUGAUCGCUUAUGUUAUAGAAUUACUUCUGGCAAAAUGAUUCUGGGGAAAUUAUCGCAGGAACUGGCUUCAGGACCUUUUCACCAACACUCAUAGCAUUCAAAGAUGAAGGCUUGAAGAAAUUCGGAAUGUACUUGCUCCGAUUUUUACCCGGGCCUCCAAAACUGUAAGUAUUGUAACUAAUAUUUUCAACUUAGAUCACAGGGACCCCGUACGAUCUGUUUGUGUAGCCGAUUGUUAUUUUAUAGUAAAUGUUCUGGAUGUACCGUUUGCCUCACCUAUAGCGAUAUGUCGCUAACUAUGUAUAUAAAUCAAUGAUAAAUAAAUGUUGAAUUACCUUACCUGUGGUAUAUAGUCGUCCUUUUACCUCAAAAGCAGUUUUUUGAGCGAUUUUGAAGGAGUUUGAAUUCGCCGUUGACUGUUCCUUAUAUACAGUCAACGGCCAAAUCCAACUCCCAGCUGAACUCCUUCAAAAUCGCUCAAAAAACCGCUUUUGAGGUAAAACGACGACUAUAUACCACAGGUAAGGUAAUUCAACGUUUAUUUAUCAUUGAUUUAUGUACAUAGUUAGCGAUAUAUCGCUAUAGGUGAAGCAAACGGUAAAUCCAGUACAUUUACUAUAAAAUAACAAUCGGCUACACAAACAGAUUGUGUGGGCGCCCUGUGCUUAGAUAUUUUUGUUUUGAUUUUUAACAUUUCAUCAAACUGCUUAAAACUUAAUUCUCUUUAUAUUUUCGUUUUCGGGAUUGUCACGUAGCGUGACGCACUCUUUGUCUUUGCAGCACGAUGUAGUUUUCAGGGCUGUACGGGCAAAUUUUGACUGGCCUUCACUAAUUUACGUGCCAUCUAAAUAGUCUCCAAUAUAGACAUAUUGUUUUUUGCGAGCGUUUUGGCUAAGAUGUAAGUGUACUUGCCAGUUAACUGCAAUGGCAACAUCGUUGCGUGAUAUUGUAAGCGUGACUGGGGUUUCAGUUGCUUAAUUGUCACAACUGUUCUGUUUGUUUGUUUGUUUUUGCUUUUGAAUGAAAGUAUCGACUUCGUUAGAUCCAAAUAUGUGUUAAUUUUUUUUCUCUUGCCUACAGAAUCAUUACAGAACCACAAAUCGCUGUGAAAUUCAUGGCAAAACAGCAUAAGUAUGAGCGUUUAAAAGACUUCAGAUUGGGAAGUGUGUUUCGCCAGCUGUUUGGUCACGCAGCCGGGACGGCAAGUGGUGAGGCUCAUAAGCGGAUACGGAGUGCAUUUGAUCCGUGUUACAGCACAGAGAGUGUGGCACAGGCAGUGGUUAUGAUGGAACAGGAAUGCAAACAGUAUUUAAAUCAGAUGGUUCAAGAUAAACAGGUAUUAAUUUAAUGUUUUCGGGUGCCUCAUAACUGCUAGUAACGCUUCCUAUUAAUGUGCCAUAUGAUGGGAGUGUGCCAACCUCGUCCCCAGGGCUUUUCCCUUAAAAAUGGGUGUGCCACUGGACGGGAUCGCAUUUUCACCACUGGAUUGACUAUGAUUUGCUUGAAUUAAGAGUUUUUUGAAGGGGGUCGCAAAUUUUUUGGAAUUUUGCGGUUAAGGAAUUUGAACAGGAAGAUUUGCGGUUAUAAUAGUUGUUACCGCGUCAAAAGAAAGUAACUAAGUUUGUAUUGCGAAAAUUGCAUGUGCCUUAAUAGAAUUAAGAAGAGGUUCCCACAGGCCAGCGACACAUAUCCAUCAAGAAUUGACCCAAGUACCCCCACCCCGAGCGUCAGGCAUUUUUUUGUACCUUUUCCAGAAACAUAAAGAGAAAUAUUGAGGUCGUGAUCGCAGGCUAAGUGCUCUUCAGCUUUUAUGUAGUAACCUUGAUGUAAAAUAGAUCUGUCUCGUAAGGGUCCUGAUAAAGCUAUUCAUGCAACCCAAACAUCCCAUCCUAAUUUUUUCCUUGAUUCAACAAUUCUGACGGUUCCCAGUCCCGACCGCGCAUUUCAAAAGGUGCCUACAGCCUGAUGAUCUUGAUUCUCUCCUGGAGAUCUGUGGCAAAUAGCUGGGUAUUUAAAGGAAAGUGCAGCGAUCAUCGACGCCUGAUAGGAUGGAUGAAAAUAAUAGCUUUCCGACAUUGAAGGAAAGCAACUCAGUUUCCUCACCAGAUUUCAGUUCUGCGAAAGCCAACACUGAAAACCAACAUUCUGUGAAAACCAGCACUUAAAAGUCACCCAAUUUCCUGUGUUUGUUUUCCGAAUUUCACGCCUUUUUGCUCUAAAAUCCCGAAUCCUGACCCUCAAAGGUUACAGUUAAAACCAUUUGGGGGGGUGGGGGCAUGGGGCGGGCACGGUAAAAGCAGCAAACGGAGCUUCCAGCUUGUAUUAUUGUUAUGUGAAGCGCUAUAGAGUAUUUGUACUCAUUUCUGGAUGGGAUACGUUGUGGUAAUACCCUUAAGAUGAGGUAGAUAAAGCGUCACCUAACCUUAACGGGCAUGCGCAAGAGGCAGAGAUCGGAGAGAUGACCACAUGUCCAUCUUUCCCGCCUCUUUGGUUUCGCCAUUUGCAGCUCACAACGUAACAGUGAGCAAGAACUCUUUAAUGUAAACGUGUUGCUUUACGUCGGCAGUAUAGGGCAGACUUUCUAGUCUCAAGGAACAACGUUCUGCCUCAGACCCUAUGUCCCAGUUCAGUAAUUCAAUGGGAUAACCAGCAGACCAACACACGUUCCACAGCACCUGUGUAUUGUAAUUUGAAUAAGUCACCACAUGCUUAGUCUCCUACGCAGUAGUUCCUUUUUACCACCACGCAACGCUCCUCCCCUAAAAAGAAAAGACUACCACCCCGGUGGGGGCGGGGAUACUCUACAAAGGUUUAUAGUUUUAUGAGGGGGGGGGGGCGGGGGGGGGCAGCGUCCCGAGAUUUCGCAAGACUGCCAUAAAUUCAGCUCAGCUUGUGGAACCUGCCUUGUUUUGUCAUUGCAGGGUCUCAUAAGAAUGGAUGAUCUGAUUCAACUGACGUUUAAAAUACUAAUGAAGUUCACAUACGGAAGAGACAUGACUGCAGACGAGCUUCAGGAGUUACUCGAUCUCAGAGCUUUAGUGGAAUCACUUAUCGGAGAUACUUUCUCAAACCCUUUUGUCAAGUUUCCGCUUUAUAAAUACAUGCCUACAAGCACUAACAGCAAACUGGCGCAAUUUGAAAAGCGGUGGCUGCAAUUCAAUAAGCGGUAAGAAGGGUUCAUUUUAUGUUAGUUAACGCAAACAAGAUAGUUAUGGCGGAAGCAAAGGAAGAGUGAGAAGUCUACUUCUCCGUUUCCAUUUUGAUUUUGUAGUUAGUUUUUGUACCCUUUUUAUAGCACGGCCUUGACCAUUUCAACCAAUAGGCAAAUGUUUUCGUUGUGAAAAUUUUAAUUUCCUCUUUUCUACUUUCGUUUCUUGACUUAGCUUUGAGGAGCGUUUUGCCGAAGGAAAACUUCGAGACACAAGCUGUGUUUUUUACAAGCUCCAGCAAACUCUUGCAAAAAAUCCGGAGGCACUGUCAGAAGAUGAGGUAAUGUUGGGGGUUUAGACGAAAAGGUUUGGGUUGGCUGGUUGACCACACCUAUAUGUAUAAUAUUAUUUUGCAAUUUCACGUUCGGGUAUCAAAAUGCGAGUGGAAUCUAGGAUAACUUUGUAUAAUGUGUUGUCUUUUUCCAGUUAGUUCCUAUUCGUUAGUAGUUCUCAAGAACUUUUUAAAAUACGAAAUACUUGUAAAUGAUGGUUUGGUAUUUCUUUAAAACCGUCAUACAUAUUUGAACCGUUUUGUGAAAAAUUGCUCUACUUCUCUACCUACACUAUAAGUGCGUGUUUUUGGCCUUCCAUAACCAGGAUAGCCAUAGGCCAACUUCUCACGAUUUGUUUUUCCUUUGAGGGAGUCGCUUGAUAUUUAAAUUUCUAAGGGUAUAGUAUGAGAAUAGGUCACUGAGAAUACUGAAUUUUUAUUUCAGUUUAGUUUUUACCAAGAAAUGUGAAACUCAACCUGACAACGCCCUUUUAAUAGAGGACCUUUUUAAUGUAGUUUGGCCUUUUAUGAUUUAACUGGGUACCUAACAGACAUGUUUCUUUUGAACUUUCUGAGUUGCAGACGUUUCACAUCGAGCGAUUCAAACUCAAUUCCUUUUAGGGCGUUAGUUACAGUAGAGCAGCACUUCUUACCGUAAUUCAAAUUUUACUAAAAGACUUUUUUUUGUGUCUAGUUUCAAGAAACCCUGGAGGAAUCUUCCCUUGCUAAUGUAGAUAUUACAUGCGGAGCUGUUUCCUGGCUUCUUUUCCAUGUAGCACUCCAUAAAGAUGUACAAAAAAAUCUUACAGUUGAAAUCAAGAAUUCCAUUUCUCAAGUAAGUAGAUAUUUCAGCGAAUUCCUUUUGUUGAAGCUGAGUGCAAUAAAAGAAAUUUCCCUUCGAUAAAGCCAAUACUUUAAAUUUGAAAUAACCGCAGAGCUUUACGAUGUUGUAAAAAGAGAUUUCUGAAUCCGCCUAUAACUCCGUCGAUUACGAUUAAUCUGGGAACGAGCAGAGCAGUCAGCAUCUUUUUACACCUAAAAAAGACAGCAACGUUAAAACUGAAGGUGUUUUAAAAAAGUAUCAGAUAUUUUGCGAAUGCUUGCUCAUUUUCUGACUGGCUUAUCACAGAUGGAAAAACAAGAAUUUUUGCCCGUGAGCAGGCUUCCUCACGAAUGAUGAGGGAAGCUGUAAUCCUUUGGCUGGUGCCACGUGAUAAUAAAAUUCAGGACUAGAAUUUUUUUCCGAGAAUGUCCAAAUGUCUCAACGUCUUGUUGUGUUUGUUUUCUUAUUCAAGUUUAUUAUCUUUUCAGCUUUCAGAACCGUUAAGCUUAGGGACACUAACUAAACUGGAUUUCCUGGGUAAGGUGGUAAAAGAAUCAGCCAGGAAGAGGCCGGUAAUGGUAAUAAGCACUCCAGAAUAUGUGACUUGUCCAAUGGUUAUUGGAAAUUUCCAAAGUCCCCCUGGGGUAAGUAGUGAUUAGCGUGCGAAAGCAGGGCUCCUGGUUAUUAGGGUAUCUUACGGCCUCCUAAAGCGCAUGAACAGUCUCCCCGCUGGCUUUGGGUUUUCGAAAGCUGUUUUUAAGGUUAGGUGUCAUGUGACCUAUCUUAGACAUUCAAAUAGGGAGCUUAAGGGCCUGUUUACAUGAAGGUGGGGGAACCCAGGUAGGUCAGGUAACUCGCUUAGGUGAGGAAAAACACUAAUCCUCCUUUACAUGCAAUCUUACAACCCCGCCAUCCCGGGGUACACUUUCUCAAGAUUAUUGAAUGGCAGCUAAGCACGUAAACAAGAAAAAUGCUGGCAAACCACGUGUUUUGGUUGUUAAUACUCCUCUACACUUACAUACUGCUUUUGCUGCAACCUUUAGUGCUGUGGCUUUCUAUUGUUGUCUUUAAUAAUGAUGCAAAGCCACUGCUCAAGUGAAUUUUGCGCGAAUUUGACGUAUCAUGAAUCCGACCCCGCCCAGGCGGGUUACCCUAGCUUGAAACGUUUGCAUGGCAAAAUGUGACCCCGGCUGGGAGGGUUACCCGGUCUGGCAGACCGGGCUACCGGCCUUGGCGGGUCACCCCACCUAUCAUGUAAAAUGAGAUUAAAAUGAGAGAUUAUAUGGACAGGCGGGUUACCCCACCUAAGCGAGUUACCUCACCUACCUGGGGUCCCCCACCUUCAUGUAAACAGGCCCUAAGCAAUGACGACGGCGACGGUAACGAGAAAGGCAAAAACGCAAUAGUUUGAAUAGACGUAAAAACAACUUUACACGUGCAUCACGCUUUUUUGUACACUGCAUGCUGACAGCGACGUGAAAAUGCCUAAUUUCAUGUUUUCUGGAGGACGUGAACAUAAGACAACGACUUUCUUUUCCUUUUCCGGAACUUUUAUGCCAUCUUUUAGAAUUCAACUCCAGAAUAAUUUGCCAGUAUUUGAUGAAUUGAGCGAGAUGGAAUAAGCGCGAUUAACUUUGACGCAGCGCGAAUUCACUUUUUAGUGACGUUGUCGUAGCCAUCCCCUUCUUUGUUGCUUAAGCUCCUUAAUAUCAUGACGCCGACCGUUUACUCGCUUGACCAACGCACCAGUGAUUAUCCAGACGAUGAAAAAUGGUCAAAGAUCUAACAUUUAUCUUGAUUAUGCUCAUAAAUCCAAGAACAGAUCAUUUGCACGUGACGUCGCGGCGGCCGUAUUUGCGACUUUCAUGUUGCCCAUAAUGCACUUUGUUUGACCCACAACAUUUUGCUUAAGUAUUCUUUUCAAUUUCUCUUGGGCCCGUUAAUAAUCUUCCCUUGACAAAUUAAAAACAAAACUUCUGCUAAAUUUUAUGAGGACGUAAAGGUCGCAAAUUGUUUACAAAAACGAUGAAACGGCGGCCAUGUUAGUUUGCCAACUCUUUUCUCAUGUAAAAAAUUUAUUUUGUUCCGUGAAAUUUGUAUAGCCGCUGAUCACAUGAGUAAAAAUGAUCUAUAUCAAAAGGGACUAUCUAUAGAUACAGUCAUUUUUAUAUUUCCUCCUACUGUACGUUUGUUUAUUCAAUUGCGCAAUUCCUGUUUUUAAACUGAAGAAAUCAUGGUCAAUCUCGUAGCCAGGGUCUUCUGGCUUUUUGACCAGCGGGGCAAGACUCUGGAUACCAGAUUGAUCCAUGAUAGAACCAUUAUCUCUAAAGAUCAUCAUUGCCAAAAGUUAACAAGAGUUUUCGAGAUGAUGUAACUGUUUUCAGCUACUUUCUGUAAAUGUUUAAAUGUCAAACACUGUUCUCGUUUGUCUUUAGGUCGAAGUAUCUGUUGACAACAGCGCAGUCAAUAGCAACGCGGGAGUCUGGGGCGACACGGAAGCUUUCAAUCCCCGAAGAUUUGAUGACGAAACACCGAACAUGCGCAAAAGCUUGUGUCGCUUCGGUAUUGGAACGCGAAGGUGUAUGGGAUACCGGGUUGCAGACACCUUUAUGAAAGUUUUACUGGUUAUAUUGCUGGAAAACUACUCCGUUGCCCUGGAGACGGACGUGACAGGUGAUGAUGACAGUGUACCCGUUCAAAACGUUGGGCCAUUCUGCUUUCCGUGCGUGGACUUCAAAGUUCAAGUUGCGCAGAAAAAUGUUACUUCUUAA